CAUGGAGGACUGAGCGACUACAGCGUCUACAGCCAGCUGACAGACGACGAGUGAUGCAACUCGCUGUGGAGCGAAGCCUGUCAGACCCCCCCCCCAGCCCCGACCCCCCCACACCCCCAGACAUCCCAAAAUGUGACCCAUUCAACGCCCUCUACAAAGGUCUCCGCAGGGAGCUUAGUCCUGUACAGACGGUCAUUAUGGAGGGGGAUGUUGCUGCUCUGGUGGACUUGGUGAGUCGGGGGUGCAGCAGUCUCACGGAGCCCAAUGACGAAGGCUGGAUCGCUCUGCAUGAAGCUGCUUAUUACGGACAGCUGCACUGCCUCGCCAUCCUCAUCAAAGACUUGGUGAACCCGUGGAGUCUGACCUUUGACCCUGUCGGUCCUCAGACUUGCCCACCCAACUUGGUGAACUCGUGGAGUCUGACCAAUCAGACGGCUCUGCUGCUGGCUGCGGGGCGGGGAAACGUUUCCUGUGUCGACUUCCUGCUGAAACACGGCGCCGACCCGAACAUCGCCGACAGGGACCGGGAGACGCCGCUGCUCACAGCGUGUGAGCAGCCCAACGAAGCCGUGGUGGAUCUGCUGUUGCAGUUCGGCGCCCAGGUGAACCGCUGCACCGUCCAGGGAGAGACGUGUCUCCACGUCGCCUGCAGACAUGGACAACUGGAGCUCUGCAGGAAGCUGCUGGAGGCCGGAGCUGAUCUGAACCGCAAGAACAUCUACGGCAUCCAGCCGAUCUUCACCGCCGCGCAGCACGGACACGCCGACAUCAUCCGCCUGCUCGCUAGCAAAGGUGCAGAUAUCAAUGGACAGGCUGCAGACGGAGCCACGCCCCUGUUUGAAGCCUCUAAGAUCGGUCAUGUCUCGGCGGUGGACGCUCUGUUGUCCCUGAACGCGGACACUAACCGGUCCAUGAAGUCGGGCCUGCUGCCUCUCCACGCCGCGGUCCAGAACAACCACAUCCGCAUCGUGGCGCUGCUGAUCCCCCUCACCAGCAUGGUGCGCGUGCGGCGCUGCGGCAUCAGCCCGCUCCACGUGGCCGCGGAGCACAACCGGGACGAGAUCCUGGCGCUGCUGGUCCGGUCCGGCUUCGACGUGAACAGCCGGCUGUCGGACGACCGCGCGUCGAUGUUCCAGGACCGGCGCAGCACGGCGCUCUACUUCUCCGUGUUCAACGGGAACCUGGAGGCCGCCGCCAUGCUGCUGGCGGCCGGCGCCGACCCCGACCUGGACGUCUUCAACCCGCUGCUCAUCGCCGUGCGGAUGUGCUGGAUGGAGAUGGCGGCGUUGUUGCUAAGCUACGGCGCCAACGCCAACGCCCAGAUCGCCACGGAGCCCUGCGCCUUCCCGGCGGCCAUCUUGCUCCGCAUGGAGUCCCUGCCGAUGCUGAAGCUGCUGCUGGACCACGGCUGCGACGCCGCGCCGUGCUUCGACUGCCCGCACGGCGAGAAGACCCACCCCCCCGUCGCGCCGGCGCACCGCGCCAUCGAGGAGAUGCGCGACAGCAGAGUCGCUCCGCCGCAGCGUCGCAUUCAGUUCUGCGAGGCGGUGUCCAGUUGCCGUAGCGCCGGGCCAAUCAUCUCGCUGCUGCUGGACUACGUCGGCCACGUUCGUCUCUGCUCGCGGCUGCUCGACGUCCUAGAGAGACGCAGCGACUGGAAGCCAAUCAGACUCAAAGCUCUUCCUCCUCAUCCUCUGAUGCAGCUCUGCAGGCUGAAGAUCAGACGUCUGGUCGGAGUCCGCAAAUUCAAACUGCUCCAAACGCUUCCACUUCCUGUCCCUCUGGUCCGCUUCCUGCACUACGAUGUCCACUGCUCCCUCUCAUAAAGUCUCGUAAAGUUUAGUUAAGUCUCAGAAAGCCUCAUAAAGUCUCAUAAAGCCUCAUACAGUCUCAAACAGUCUCAAACAGUCUCAGAAAGUCUCAAAAAGUCUCAUACAGUCUCAAAAAGUAUCAUAAAGCCUUAUAAAGCCACAUAAAGUCUCAUAAAGCCUCAUAAAGUCUCAUAAAGUCUCACAAAGUCUCAUAAAGUCUCAUAAAGCCUCAUAAAGCCUCAUGAAGUCUCAUAAAGCCUCAUAAAGCCUCAUAAAGUCUCAUAAAGCCUCAUGAAGUCUCAUAAAGCCUCAUAAAGCCUCAUAAAGUCUCAUAAAGUCUCAUAAAGCCUCAUAAAGCCUCAUGAAGUCUUAUAAAGCCUCAUGAAGUCUCAUAAAGCCUCAUGAAGUCUCAAACAGUCUCAGAAAGUCUCAAAAAGUCUCAUACAGUCUCAAAAAGCCUCAUAAAGCCUCAUGAAGUCUUAUAAAGCCUCAUGAAGUCUCAAACAGUCUCAGAAAGUCUCAAAAAGUCUCAUAAAGCCUUAUAAAGCCACAUAAAGUCUCAUAAAGCCUCAUAAAGUCUCACAAAGCCUCAUAAAGUCUCAUAAAGUCUCAUAAAGUCUCAUAAAGCCUCAUAAAGCCUCAUGAAGUCUCACAAAGCCUCAUAAAGUCUCGAAAAGUCUCAUACAGUCUCAAAAAGUAUCAUAAAGUCUCAUAAAGCCUCAUAAAGCCUCAUAAAGCCUCAUAAAGCCUCAUAAAGUCUCAUAAAGCCUCAUAAAGCCUCAUGAAGUCUCAUAAAGCCUCAUGAAGUCUCAUAAAGACUCAUAAAGCCUCAUAAAGUCUCAUGAAGUCUCACAAAGCCUCAUAAAGUCUCAUAAAGUCUCAUAAAGUCUCAAAAAGUCUCAUACAGUCUCAAAAAGUAUCAUAAAGUCUCAUAAAGCCUCAUAAAGUCUCACAAAGCCUCAUAAAGCCUCAUAAAGUCUCAUAAAGUCUCAUAAAGUCUCAUAAAGUCUCAUAAAGUCUCAUAAAGUCUCAAAAAGUCUCAUACAGUCUCAAAAAGUAUCAUAAAGUCUCAUAAAGCCUCAUAAAGUCUCACAAAGCUAAAUGAUUCAUAGUUUGAUCAUUUAGCAACCAUAAAACAUAUCAACUCACCAAAAGUUGCGGCUAAAACGUAACGAGUUAGCGGUUACGGAGGUCUCUUCUGGGUCCUUCUAGCCUCUACAGGGGAUUUUCUAUCCUGCCUGGAACUUCCAGCCUUUUUCGGGGUUGUCGAGCAUUAAAUCCAAACCGUUACAUCCAAGAUUGAUCCACUUUAUAAUAAUCCAUAAUCCACUGCGUUUUUGCUCAAUUAUGCCUCUAGCUCGCGCUGCUCCGUGUCUGCUCUCUGUUUAGGGAAGUACAGGGACCAGCAUGCCCCUAUAUGGGAGACUACGUCACCCACGGUGUAUGGAGGGUGGUUAGUGCCCUCCGCCCAGUCAAAGUAGUCUAGUAUGCGAUCAAAGAUGCUACAGUGCACAAGAUAGAUAUCUACAGAGGAAAAUGGCCCCACUGGUUUGAGAUUUGGCAUAUAUAUAUAUAUAUAUAUAUAUAUAUAUAUAUAUAUAUAUAUAUAUAUAAUAUAUAUAUAAAUAUGUAUAUAUAUUUAUGUAUUUAUAUAAUAGAUUUGGGCCUU